CGUCAAACUACGCGUCCUUUUCUCCCCGGAGCUUUUUUCUCUCUGAUUUUUUUUUCCUUUCUGUUUUUGCCUUUUAAGUCAAGAAAGAUGUUCCUCCUUCAGCUGUCACGAGACCAAUAUUUGGCAUAUUGGGCACAAUCCAUCUGGUGGCAGUUACAAGAUAACAAGACGUUCCUUACGAUGAUAAACCAUGUCUUGAAUGUGGAUGGGUUUUACUUUUCAACAACAUAUGAUUUGACCCACACUUUGCAACGGCUGGCCAACACGAGUCCAGAGUUCCAAGAGAUGAGCCUUCUGGAAAGGGUAAGUUUACUCUUUGCUUAUUUCCAUUUGCCUCAGGUUCAUCGGUUUGCUCUUCCCGUGCUGCAUGGCUUUAUCUCUAUGCACUCAUGUUCGAUUAAUGGAAAAUACUUUGAUUGGAUUCUCAUCUCAAGAAGGAGUUGUUUCAGAGCUGGUGUGCGCUAUUAUGUAAGAGGGAUUGAUUCGGAAGGGCAUGCAGCGAACUUUGUAGAAACAGAACAAAUAGUGCACUACAAUGGAAGCAAAGCCUCAUUUGUGCAGACACGAGGAUCCAUCCCUGUUUUCUGGUCCCAGAGGCCAAACCUCAAGUACAAACCAUUGCCACAGAUCAACAAAGUAGCAAAUCAUAUGGACGGUUUCCAAAGGCAUUUUGAUUCCCAAGUAAUUAUUUAUGGAAAGCAAGUUAUCCUCAAUCUGGUGAACCAGAAGGGCUCCGAGAAGCCCCUGGAGCAGGCGUUCGCAUCCAUGGUGUCUUCCUUGGGCAGCGGGAUGAUCAGAUACAUUGCCUUUGACUUCCAUAAGGAAUGUAAAAAUAUGAGAUGGGAUCGACUAAGUAUUUUAUUGGAUAAGGUAGCAGAAAUGCAAGAUGAAUUAAGUUAUUUUCUAGUGGACCCUGCCGGCAAGGUGGUGACAAACCAGGAAGGUGUGUUCCGCAGCAACUGCAUGGACUGCCUAGAUAGGACCAAUGUGAUCCAGAGCCUGUUAGCUCGCCGCGCGCUGCAGGCCCAGCUUCAGAGACUAGGAGUUUUGCAUGUGGGACAGAAGAUUGAAGAACAAGAUGAGUUUGAGAAGAUUUACAAAAAUGCCUGGGCUGACAAUGCAAAUGCCUGUGCCAAGCAGUACGCGGGGACAGGUGCCUUGAAGACGGACUUUACCAGAACGGGGAAGAGGACCCAGCUGGGCCUCGUCAUGGAUGGCUGGAACUCGCUCGUACGGUAUUACAAGAACAACUUCUCAGACGGCUUUAGACAGGACUCCAUAGACUUAUUUCUCGGCAACUACUCUGUGGACGAACUGGAGUCUCACAGCCCGCUGAGUGUUCCAAAGGACUGGAAAUUCUUGGCUUUGCCGAUCAUCAUGGUCGUCGCCUUUUCAAUGUGCAUCAUCUGCUUGCUCAUGGCCGGUGACACGUGGACCGAAACGCUGGCCUAUGUGCUCUUCUGGGCAGUGGCAAGCAUGGGGACAUUUUUUAUCAUCCUGUACAAUGGCAAAGAUUUUGUUGAUGCGCCCAGAUUGGUCCAGAAAGAAAAGAUAGACUGAAUUUGUAGCUGUGGAAAGCGGCUUGGCCUGGAAGAUUCCAUCAUGCAGCACUGGAGUCUUUACUGACCUGCUUUCCACGUCAGCCUGUCUCUGAAAGCGCAGCCCGGCUGCCUGCUCUGGGCGAGAGAGGGCCAGCUCUCGUGCUCCUGCCUUGACAUGCUCCCCCCGGCCCCCGCCCCCAGUGGGUCCGUUAGAUUUUUUCAUUCGGAGCAACUCUAGAAUUAAACUGUAACUAGAAUUCAGCUCCCCAGAAUGGAAGGAAUUCAUUGUCAAUCUAAUCAACUGUUGCAGAAGUAAGUAAUAUACACACACAAAUCUAGCUUCUUUCAUUAUUUAAAACAGUAAGAUUAUUUUUCUAGCUCAGUUUCAUGAUUGUCAUUGUAGAAGCAUUUAUUAGCAAGCACACAUCUCUGGACUUUUUUUCUUAAAAGUCUAACAAUAAGCUAAUCGUCCCUCAUUGAUGAAGCAUGAGCCUCCUCCUGUGUCACGCAGCAACGCGCUGAGGUGGCCUGGGACUCCCUGGGGAGAGCAGUUGGGGGCCGGGGCUCUCCUGUGCUGUUGGCAGUUGGACCAGCAGAUUUAGGUAUGAUGAAAGGUUCCGAUAAGCUUCAUCUGUUUUGUUUUUUAGAAGGUAAAUGCAAUCAAAGAAUGUAAAACCUGUCUUAUGCUAAUGGUCCAAAGCCUCCUAUACUGUAAGACCGCCCCAGUGUGAAAAUACCCCUGCCAGUCAGCUACUUCCCUCUGUACCACCUGCUUUUGUUUUUUCCUGGUGGUGGUGGUGGUGGUGGUGGUAGUGGUGGUGGGGUUCUCCGUGAGACCUGAAAGCCUCCCCUAGAGGGUCUCAGGCUGGGGUUGGUGCUGCACUGAGGGCAGCAGCUUCUUCCCCACCCUGGUGCCCACUGACGGUUGGCUGUCAGUAAGUGCAUUGCCCGGGGAGUGCUUCCAGGCAGCCGUAGUUCUCCCAGUCAGGGACCAGCUUACUGUCAGUUUCCUGCACGCACGCUGCAGGAGCCAUGCCUAGUCUCAUUGUAAGUCAGAUUGUCCAUUCAAAUCGUAGCUACGAGGUUCAAAUGCUAGUGUCCUUGCCAUUCAUUAAACCACUGCCCCAUACCUCCAGGGUGGCACUGGGCGGGAUGUGCCGUGUGUUCCAGUGGGAAUACCUUAUAUUAUCCUAAAAGAUUCCCAAAAGCACCUUUCCGUCAGCAUUGCCUUUUUUUUCAAACAUUAACUUUUGUAAGCGUUACCGAGUUGUCGCUUGUAGAAACUCUGCAGGAAAUACUAGCUGGGACAUCCUCCGCAGCUUAGCAUCCGUCAUUAAAACUUGCAAUAGGUGGGGAAGUAGAGCUGCCUGCUCUUAAAAUGUAAAUAAGUGUCACCUGCUCCCAAGAUACCUGGGGUAUUGAAACCGAGUUCCCACAGCUGUCUGCUGUAGUCAGUUGCCCAGAGGCCCCAGGGCAUCUCACACUCAGAUGACACAGCGACGACAAAGGCCAAGUGCGAACUGCUGACAGGCCGCCCUGCGUGAAGGGACCGCAUAUUGGUGCGUUAGCGCGUAGGGCGUCCGAAUCUCAGAACCCCGCAGUGAUUUUGUCUCUGAAUUCACGUACUGUACCCCCUAAGUGAAAAUAAAACGGCCUAUUCUUUCUAA